UGGGCCCGGCUAUUGGCGAAGAGGCAACGGAAGGCGGGACCUAGAGGGCACCGCCCCAUCGAGCUGGAGUGCCGGGACGGCAGCAGCUAGUGCUUCACUCGGGCAGGCCGUGCUUUCCUCUCUCAAGUAGUGCAGGGCUCGCUGACAGGCCCUUGGGAUGCGUCCCUACGGCGUGAGCUGUCACACCGAGCCGUCAUCCUCCCCCAGGUGCCUGCGCCCCUCCGCUCCGCUCCAACCCCAUCCAGUUGUCCCGCUAAGACUCGUUAAAACUACACCUCCCAGAGUGCAUCGCGCGGCUAUAUAUGCUGCGUAAAUCAGGUGACUCGACUCACGUGACUUCAGGCCCAAGCUCACGCAAGGUCCAGCCGGCGGGAGAAGGGGAUGGCUCUCCUGCGUCCUGUGUGGUUGGUCUGUGGAGCCUCAGAGGAUCUCAGCUCUUUGAAAUCGAGGAACAUGAUAAGGAGUUGGCUGAUUAUUUUUAUCCUUUUCCCCCUGAAGCUGAUAGGGAAGUGUGAGUCAACGGUCAACCUUUCUGUACCUCCCACUGUGAAGCUGGAAAAUGGGAGCUCAGCCAAUGUCAGCGUCACCCUUCAGCAUCCGUUAAAUGCAACCGUGGUGAUCACUUUUGAAAUCACAUUUCGUUCAAAGAAUGUUUCUAUCCUUGAGCUCCCUGAUGAAGUUGUGGUGCCUCCCAGAGUGACAGAAACCUCUUUCCAAGUGACAUCUCAGAAUGUGGGACAAAUUACUGUUUUUCUGCAUAGAAAUCAUUCCAACCAAACCGGGCCCAGGAUACGCUUCUUGGUGAUCCACAGCAACAUCAUUAACAUCAUAAACCAGGUGAUUGGCUGGAUCUACUUUGCAGCCUGGUCUGUUUCCUUCUACCCUCAGGUGAUCAUGAACUGGAGGCGGAAAAGUGUGGUUGGUCUCAGCUUUGACUUUGUUACCCUGAACCUGACGGGCUUCGUGGCUUACAGCGUGUUCAACAUCGGCCUCUUCUGGGUGCCACACAUCAAGGAGCAGUUUUUCCUCAAAUACCCGAAUGGAGUGAACCCCGUGGAGAGUAACGAUGUCUUCUUCAGCCUGCACGCUGUCGCCCUCACCCUGGUUGUCCUGGUGCAGUGCCUUCUGUAUGAGCGAGGUGACCAGCGUGUGUCCUGGCCUGCCAUUGGCUUCCUGGUGCUCGCGUGGCUCUUCGCGCUCAUCAUCAUGAUUUUGGCCGCAGUCGGGGUGACCUCAUGGCUGCAGUUUCUCUUCUGUUUCUCCUACAUCAAGCUCGCAGUGACAUUGGUCAAGUAUUUUCCACAGGCCUACAUGAACUUUGUCUACAAAAGCACCGAGGGCUGGAGCAUUGGCAACGUGCUUCUGGACUUCACUGGGGGCUCCUUCAGCCUCCUCCAGAUGUUCCUCCAGUCCUACAACAAUGACCAGUGGACACUGAUCUUUGGAGACCCAACCAAGUUUGGACUCGGAAUCUUCUCCAUCCUCUUCGAUAUUGUCUUCUUCAUCCAGCACUUCUGCUUGUACAGAAGGAAACCAGGGUAUGAGCGGGUGAACUAGCACGCAGGGCCCCAGUGUAAGUGGCCCUGGCCCUGUGCCCAGGAGGAAGGCUGGAAAAGCAGUCUAGAGUGCAGGGCUGGCUCCACAUGCCAACAGUGGAGAAGCGCUCUCUUCCUCAGGGUCAAAUGCCUUAAAAAUGAACCAGACCGCCUUCAUCCAUGACUCUCCAGGGCUGGGGAGAAACCUCCCUCUGGGACAGACACCUGACUGUGCUUCAAGAUUAACAGCCAGACUGCUGGUGGCCCCUCUCGGGUGUUACUUGGCCAGUCACCUGGUCCUCCUGCAACUUGCUGUUGCCAUCUCUACUCUCUUUAAGGCUUCAGGCAGCACCCACAGGUUCUGACAGCCAUCCCAAGCAGGAUUGGACAUUGAGCUAGGAGCUGAAGGCCUUGCCCGAGCACCCAAUGUGUCGGGGAGCAGCUCGAAGGACUGACCUUGCAGCUGGGAGAGCCAAGGGCGUUUUGGUGCCACUGCUGCGUUCCUAAAGACUAAGCAGCCAGGUGCUGGGCCAAUGGACUGAGAGGUGCUGGCGGCGGUGGCAGAGGGGCUAGGACUUUGGGGUUAGUCCCCGGGGUCCCUUCCCUGAAGGCCACAUUAUCUAUAACUCAGUUUUCAGUGGCAGUCACAGGGGGCCCAGGCCAGCGCCUAGUAAAGAUACAGUAUUUGUGGGUCCAGAGGUGCUCAACAGAUUGGUUCUGAACUGGGCUCACGUCCAACACCCUCUGGAUCUCCGUCCCACUAACACCCCUUUCAGAAUUUUUGGAGGGAUGUUUUGGGCGUGGCCAUCUGCCUACCUCCACUCUCCCAGAGUCAGGGGCCCCAUGUGAGUCCCUCCCCUUGUCCGUGCCUUAGAGGCCUGUUGGACCCGCCAGGUGGUGAGAGUAGCUCCCCCCGGGUGGCAGGGCAGGCCUGCCUUCCUUCACUUCCCCAGACCUCUGAGGUUCACCAAUUUUUGGUUGUUCAGGAGGCCUUAAGAUAAGGACUUAAGACCACCUCACACAGUCCUCCUAGGCCAACCCUAGUCCUAAGUCCCCUCCCCUCCCAGCCCAACCAGUUGUCCUUCCGGGGACAGGGGGCAGGGCCCAGACGUGCCUUGUACGUGCUUUGAGUUUGUCAGUCCACUCUCAACUUUCUACUACAAGCUCAGUGUGAGAGUGUAUAUCCUGAAUUAAAACCGGUUGUUUCCUUUCGUA